AUGGCUGAUCGUUUUGAUGGUCAAGCGAAGCAUAUCAUUUUCACAGGACCGGAUGGAUCAAGAGAUCACAGAAGUCAUUUGACAAGAGACGGAAGAGAAGUUGGAAUAGGACCGCUUUCGACAGAAGCUACUUCUGAAAAUGAUUUUAUUUGCCGCCAAAAAGAGCUGAAUCAGCCGUGGAGAAGGGUUCGGGUAGGAGAUGUGGGCUGGAAUGCUUCAAGAUCGGAGCUAACGACUGCCCUUGAUGGUGGAUUCAAGGGAAUUCGGAAAGGACCGUUUAGAGCUGCUGCUGAAUUUCAAACUGCGAAUCAUGUAAAAAUAUAA